GUGAUUUGUUUGUACAUGUUUAUUACAAAAAGAUAUACUAGAUCUACAACAAAAUCACCAAUUCUCAGGGCCGGAAUUACAAUUGCUCUAGGCGACACAUAUAAUAUAUGUUUAGAUUGUUUUGUUUGUUUGUCGGCAAAGAUUCCAAAGUUUGUUUAUCAUGUCUCUCCAUGCAGGAAAAACUUGACGAGUCAACAAAAUCGGUGGAGAAACUUCGUUUUUUAAAACUGUGACACCUGUCAAAGAGACGUCGGAGAAAGUCGCCAUAUCACUAAGUGAGAACGAAGAGUGGCAGCCGGCAUUUCGAGUGGUGUAAACAACUCGAUCGCUGAUUGGAGCAAACAUCUGAUUCAAUCAAGUUUACAGCGUAUCAGGCUGCGGCUUUGGUGGAUCGGGACGGGACAACGGACACAAGUUGUAUUCUGCAUGGCUAAUACUAAUCCUUUGUGGCGAUCGCAAUUAUGUCCUGCGUGUAACCCAAUUGUAAAGUAGCACGCAAAGAGCAACCCCGAACAAUUGGGUAAAAUACUCUGAAAGGAAGUUUUUAAAAAGAGUUGUCGGGCUGCCAUUUGACGUCGAGUGGAGAAGUUACCUGGAGACAAUUUUAGAAGAUUACGUUCUGGCAGUUCGCUAGAUUCAGUGAAUCAAAGAUAGAGAGAGACAGAGAGAGAAAGAGGAAGCUACUAUGAACGGACCGGCACACCACGGACACGGUAGGCUAAGCCAUUCGAAGCUUCACCAUGCCGCCCCCCACCCCAUCGAACUCAACACCCCUCUCUGCCCGGCUUCGGUAGUGGGAAGCUUUUUCGAACUCAGCGCCGAAGCGCUAGGCGGAGAGAUGAUACCGUUCUCGACGUACGACGGCAAGGUGGUGUUGGUCGUCAACGUGGCGUCGGCGUCAGAACACACCACGAGGGAGUACCUCCAGCUGAACGACCUGGUAGCCACCUACGGCCCGAAGGGUCUGAUAGUGCUGGGUUUCUGCUGUAACCAGUUCGGGAACGGUGAACCCUUCUCCAACCACGAGAUCCUCAGGUGCCUCCGCGCAGUGAGGCCGGGAAACCGCUAUUCUCCCAACUUCCAGCUAUUUUCCAAGGUGGACAUCAACGGCAAGCACGGCCACAUCGUGUUCGAGUACCUCAAACUGAAGCUGCCCUUCCCGUCCGACAACGCCGCCACCAUGGCCCAGGAGCACCUGGACAUCUGCUGGAGUCCGGUACGGAGGACCGACGUCUCCGGAAACUUCGAGAAAUUUCUCGUAGCGAGCGACGGACAGCCUUACCGGCGGUACAGCUGGAGGACAGCGCCGGAGGACUUGUGCAAGGACAUCGAGGAGCUGCUCAGAAAAGUCACGCGCACCAACAGGGAGCAAGGAAACACGGGCGCCAAAAAUGACAGACCCGUUCUUUUUAACAGCAAGAAGUACAUGCAAGAAAGCAUAACUCGUAGUACGGUCAGAGACGAUGCCGCAUACUAGUACUAGUUUUACCAGUGGUACCCUUGAAUAGUUAGCCUAGGUACCAUUCGAUUUUUACCGGAUCUCCUUACGAGUGUAAGGCGCCCCGGUAUCAUCAUCAUAUCGUUCCGUGCCAGUACUGCAGCCAGGCCACGGCCUUCUCGUUAGCUUCUAGUACUAGUAGGUCCUGGUUGGAGGUGGUAGGGCCUAAUAUACAGUCCUUUGUAAUGUAGACGCCCCGGUAGAAAUCGGAUGGUACCCAGGCUGUUGAAGUUUCAUCAGGUUGGUAAGUCACUAGAUGACAAAGUAACUUGUACACAACCUAGUGUUCUAUUCAAGCCGACGUCUCGGGACAUAUGCUGGCCAAUUCUAUCACGAACUGCAGCUAGGUGUCGCUGCUAACACGUGCAGUCCCAAACGUAAAGUAUCUGCACAUUUACAAGAAUAGGUGCGUAGUUAUGCGGUGUUUGUGAAGGUGACAGACGGUCACCGAAACGUUCGCUUGAGUUUAACACUUGGUUGUAUACAAAGAACGUCCGUUUAUGCUUUCAAAUUGUUAGUAGUUGUUGUACUGCUCGUUGAACUUGAGACGGCAACUUUGAGCAGACUGCUCAUUUACUUUGUUAAAAAUAUCAUACUAUAGUGGUCAAUGAAUUGUACAUACUAGUAUUGAGUUGUUUUCUUUCACAUUUACUAACAACGUUUCUUGUACAAAACUGUGGCAAUGGUUUCUAAAGCCUAAAUGGUUCUUCAAACUUAUUUCAUUUGCACCACUCGUACAGAAAUCCCUUGUUCAAGAAAUGACCAAGCAAACACAUUUUCAAAAUCUCCAUACGCCUUUAUUGACAUGUAAUAGUUAUUUCUCUGAAUUUCAACACUAACCUCACAAACAUGUUA